AUGGUGUUGAAUGCUCUGCCUUUACCGAGUCCGCCGGCGAGCACGUCGCGCAUUCAAAUCGAGUGGGAUAUCAAUGAUACGAUUGUGCCGACGGUCAGCGAGCAUGAUGACUUCAAUGAUUGGGCCAAUGGACAUUGUCGCUUGAUCUAUGCCGCCCACAGUGAGGAUGCCAAGAAGCAUGCCAGCGGCUGGGCCAUGCGCAACACCAACAACCACAACGUCAACAUCCUGAAGAAGAGCUGUCUGGGCGUUCUCCUCUGCAGCGCCAAGUGCCGACUGCCAAAUGGCGCCAGCGUUCAUUUGCGUCCCGCAAUUUGCGACAAGGCGCGACGCAAGCAACAAGGCAAACAGUGUCCCAAUAGGAAUUGCAAUGGUCGCCUGGAAAUACAACCAUGUCGCGGGCAUUGCGGCUAUCCGGUCACACACUUCUGGCGCCGUGCGGGGAAUGCCAUUUAUUUCCAAGCCAAGGGCACUCACGAUCAUCCCCGUCCGGAGGCCAAGGGCUCCACGGAGGCGCGUCGUCUGCUCGCGGGCGGAAGACGCGUGCGCAGCUUGGCCGUCAUGCUAGCCCGGGAUGCGGCUCUGAGUGACAAACUCUGCAGUCUGCGGCCGAAUAAGCGUCAGGCCAAGACGCAGUUGCUCCAGGAGAACGGCGGCAAACGCAAACAACGUGUCAGCGAUGUGGAGACAGUCAACAUGGAUUAUCCGUUGGUGAAUGCCGCCAUAAACACAACUACUCCAACUACUCCCCCUGCUGCAAUCUUCAAUCCAGGCCAGACGAACUACAUGACACCGCAAUGGAGCACCGACUCUUAUUAUCCCCAAGACGCGAGCUACAAUGGAGUCGGCGACAUCUAUGGCUACGACAUGUUGCCCUCGCCAAUUUCCUCCAACAGCUCCACAGCGAGUUACUACACCGAGGUGCAACAACAGACGCAGCCACUGUCAUUGCCACUGCCACCACAGAGCUAUGAACUUGCCACAACAGCCACAGCAACAACAACAACUGCGAAUGCAUCUGGCUAUCAGGCUGGUCUGAAUCUCUAUGAGAGCUGCGAUGACACCUCCAGCUUGAAGAGCAGCUCCGGCUACAGCUCCGAGGAUUUUGGCUACUUCAAUGGUUAUGUGCCACAAACGCUGGACAUUAGUGGCAGCUCCAAUGCCAAUGCCAAUGCCAACGCCAAUUCCAAUACCAACCCCAAUACCGAUAGCUUCUAUACGCCCAACUCGGAGAUCUUCAAUGUCUUUGAUCCGAAUAUUAAUGGCGGCGUUGGCAACACUGUAGAGUUGCUGUACGAUGAGGCAUAUGCUUAUCAGCAGCAGCAACAACAACAACAACAGCAAUCCUUCGUUAAGGCUGAGUACCAACAGCAACAACAGCAACCACAACAACAACAACAACUCCAUCAGACUACGGAUUAUUAUUACAGCAACACGGGCGUAGAUAACGCUUGGAAUAUUCAAAUGAACGCAAAUCUCACGCCAACUUCAUAUCAGAGUCUAGAUCCUGCCAUUGGCGUCUUUUGCUAAUCCUCAAGAUCUCAAACACUCAAGCGUUGUUCUAGUCUCUAGUUGAAACCACAAUCUCGCCUCCAAGUUAUCUUCCCUCAGCCAUUCCCUUGACAUCUCAAUUUGCUUGUUGGUUUUGUCUUUAUUAUCAUGUGUCUAGCUCUUAAGUCAUUGUUUCCCCACUCCCAGCUAUUCCAAAGUUUUAUAUUAAGUGUAUUUCAUUAAGUAUUUUGUAUGUUAGUUAACUAAGCGACGUCUAAUCCACCUAUUUAUGAAAUUUUAUAAUAAAGAUUUGACAUUUUUU